AUGAGCCAGACCGAUUACUUGCCAUGGUCUUGGACCAUCCAGUCGAAAAACAGCGAUGAUCAUGCAUGCCCAAGCGAGUCUUCACUGCUAGGUACAUUCGCGGCGGUAAAUGGAAUCGUGUCACUGCUUGCUGUCAUAUUCGGACACCGCAUCGUGGUAAAGAAGUUGACCUGUGGAUGGUGCGGGGAGCGUGGAAGCCGAUCCUGGCAGUACAUGUGGAUAGUACCAGUCGGGCUCCAGCUUGCUGCCAAUGCCAUCAUCGCAUGGCUUAUCAAGAGAAGCGACGGCUACAUUGCCGACUUCAAGGUAUCAGAACUAAUGUUGUUUCUCGUUGCGAGACCUCGACUGGGCUGGGUAGUGCUCGGAGCUUUCGCACUUCGAAGUCGCAAGAUUAGGCAAAACGAGACGAACAGGGCGAGACAGAAUCGAACACCGAACCGGAACCAGUACCUAUCACCGCAGUCUCCUCCGCAAAGUUCAUGGCCGCCAAGUCCUUUUGGUCCAUCGAGUCCACCGUCGCCCUACGGUUCUGACACUGCACUGCUGUAUCCGUACAACACGUCCCGGCGCAGCGUCGACAGACAGGAUGCAUCAUUCUUCCCACCGACAGCCUCAUCAACACACCUGAGCGACUACCCUUGGUGGUCGGCGUUCAUGACCCAGUUCAUCGGCGAAUUCAUGCUGCAGAUCAUCACGCUGUACAUCAUGGGCAUAACCGCCAAGUUCGCCACGACGAACGGAUACUACAAGAUCCACAAGAAGAGUUAUUGGGGCAUCAAUCCCGCGGCGCGAAUGAUGUACUCGGGCGCUUUGUAUUAUCUCGUGGCGGGCUCGUUGUUCUUGCUGGUCGCUGCCAUCUUCAUCAUAUACACGGUGUCGAGCGAAAGGACCAGGCUUCUGGGGAGAGGGAGUAAGGCGUUCGUUGCAUGGACACUUGCGUUCUUGAUGAUAAGUACGUGGUUGGGGAGCUGGAUCUUUUGGACGGGCUUUGUGCGGCUUUCUGGGCGUUUCUAUUGUCCACCGAAGGUGAUUGAACAGGGUGUUAUCUGGACGUUCUUUUCGACUAUUGGAAUCAUCUUUGGCACAGGCGUGUGA